GAUCGAGCCAGUCCUCUCUGCCCCUCUCUCUUAGGUAACACGCUCACAGACAUAAAAGAACUAACCAGCUUGAUCAGUGAGGGAGUCUAAAAAUCUUAUUCUGGGUAAUAAGGAUGCAGUAUAUGGGCGUGUACGUCAUCGUAAUGAGGUGGUUGCUCUGGUUGUGGGUGGUUUGCAUGUCAGUGUCAGCUGAGCUUCAGCGGUUUGAGCACCCCGUCGUCAAAACCGAUGACUCCCUGAGCUUUCUGGCCGUCGGAGAUUGGGGACGAAGAGGCGCUUACAAUCAAUCUCUAAUCGCUCAUCAGAUGGGAAUAAUCGGAGAGAAAUUAAACAUAGACUUUGUGGUUUCAACUGGGGAUAACUUUUACGAGAGGGGAUUGACCAGCGUAAACGACCCCAAGUAUCCCGAGUCCUUUACUCAAAUCUACACUGCUCAGAGCCUCCAAAAACAAUGGUACAUUGUACUUGGGAACCAUGACUACAGGGGAAAUGCUUUGGCACAGCUGAGUUCAGUUCUUCGGAAGAUGGACAGCCGGUGGCUUUGCCUGAGGUCAUUUCUCGUCAACACGAAAAUUGCAGACUUCUUCUUCAUCGACACCAAUCCAUUUGUGGACAAGUACUGGUCCAACCCAAAGCACUACAAGCACGAUUGGAGAGGUGUCGUUCCUAGGCAGCGCUACCUCUCUACCCUCUUGAAGGAUCUGGAUUUUGCAUUGAGAAAUUCUACUGCAAACUGGAAGAUUGUCGUUGCACAUCAUACAAUCAGAAGCGUAGGGCAUCACGGGGAUACCCAGGAAAUAGUAGACCAGAUUCUUCCCAUUCUCGAGGCAAAUAAUGUUAGAGCCUACAUAAACGGACAUGACCACUGCUUGGAACACAUGAGUAGCACCAAUGGCCAAAUACAAUUCUUGACUACUGGUGGCGGCUCCAAGGCAUGGAAAGGUGACCUCUCUAGGUUGAAUCAAGGCGGGUAUGAGUUUUACUACGAUGGGCAAGGCUUCCUCUCUGCUGAAAUUCGACCAACCGAUGCAGAAUUUGCAUUCUACGAUGUUUCCGGUAGAGUUUUGCAUCGUUUCAAUAUAUCCAAUUCCAAGGGGCUUCACAGUUCCAUGUAGAGUAAACAAAGUAAGAUCAUGGAGCCUUCUAUAUUAUGUUCAAUAAAGUGACCCCUUUUGUGCUUGCAACUUGUUAACAUUGAUGAAAUAAAAAGCUGCUCAUCUAUGAACAAA